CGUGUUGUUUCAUCUCCAGGAUGGCGUAGGAGUUGAUGAGAAGCUUUCCUUACGGCGAGUAGCGGUGGUUGAAGAUUUCUUUGACAUCAUCUAUUCCAUGCAUGUGGAGACAGGGCCGAAUGGAGAACAAAUCCGAAAACACGCUGGGCAGAAGAGAACUUACAAAGCAAUUUCAGAGAGCUACGCCUUCCUACCAAGAGAAGCAGUGACGCGGUUUCUAAUGAGCUGUUCCGAGUGCCAGAAAAGAAUGCACUUGAACCCAGAUGGGACCGAUCACAAAGAUAAUGGGAAGCCUCCUACCCUGGUGACCAGCAUGAUCGACUACAACAUGCCAAUCACCAUGGCGUACAUGAAGCACAUGAAACUGCAGCUGCUAAACUCACAGCAAGAUGAGGAUGAAAGUUCAAUAGAGAGUGAUGAAUUUGAUAUGAGUGAUUCAACUCGGAUGUCCGCCGUGAACUCUGACCUUAGCUCCAAUCUGGAAGAAAGAAUGCAAAGUCCCCAGACUCUCCAGGGCCAGCAAGAUGGUAAGCUUUUCACACCGAACAAACGAGAGAUGAGGCAGCGAGACCAGCAAUGAGUAAGACUCUAUUAAAAUCACAACCACCUCUUCCCUCUUGUGUCCACUUAAAAAAAAUCUGUCUCUAUGGAGACAUUUUCUGGGCACUCAGGUUAUGUCAUCCACUUUAUUAUUUUUAGAUUUAAGUACUCUUUUCAAAAUUAAAGUGUUAGACUGAUUUAUAAAAAGAUGUCAGUUAUGAAAUCCAGGCAUAUCAUGCUUUCUUUUUAAAUAUGAAAUGUGCCACAAGAGUGCAGUUGGAUAUCUAGGAUAAUGUCUCCUUGGCUUUGGUUUCUUGUGCCAUCCUUUAUAUUUGAGAAAAUGAAGAGUUUAAAGAUGAUUACAUUUUCUAUUAACAAACAGCCCAGC